GUUGUCGAUGUUGUCGGAAUUUUGUGCUGUGGCUGUGUCCGUAGUCCGUUUGAUUUACCUAUGAUGUUAUUAUCAAUCCGUGGUUUUAUAGGAUAAUUAGUGCUGUGUGUCAAUACGACAUUCGGAUAAGGAAUUUGUUUUUGUUAAGAUCUGGUAGCUGACUAAGCUAAGAUGUUUUAUGCACACUUUGUGCUCGCCAAAAAGGGCCCUCUUGCCCGUAUUUGGCUUGCUGCUCAUUGGGACAAGAAGUUAACCAAAGCCCAUGUGUUUGAAACGAAUAUUGAAAAAUCAGUUGAUGGAAUUCUUCAGCCAAAAGUAAAAAUGGCUCUACGAACGUCAGGCCACUUGUUGCUUGGAGUGGUUCGCAUUUACUCUCGCAAAGCCAAAUACCUGCUGGCCGAUUGUAAUGAGGCAUUCGUCAAGAUCAAAAUGGCUUUCCGUCCGGGCAUGGUCGAUUUACCGGAGGAACACAGAGAAGCUGCUGUCAACGCCAUCACUCUGCCGGAGGUGUUUCACGACUUUGACACUGCAAUGCCCGAGCUCAAUGACGUAGACAUUGAGGCCCAGUUCAGCCUGAACCAGUCUAGAGCCGAGGAAAUCACAAUGCGAGAAGACUAUGGGAACAUCGCCUUGGUCACCACAGAGGAAGGUUUCGGAGACAUUGGAUUUGGCACUGAUCCUCCGGACUUGAUGCAUCAUCAGGGGCUGGCCCAGGCUUUGGAUCAGUCCAACCUUCUCUUCAGUGAUGGUGUCGAAGGAUUGGAUAAAGAGAAAGAACCUCAGCCAUCAACAUCGAACAGCCUGAUGGCCCGAUCAGCUCUUGACAUUGAAGCUCCUAUAAGGGAUGACGGUUUUGGUGGAAAUUUGGGUCAGGAUAUCAUAGCUGGGGGCUUGUUUGAAGGAGGGUUGUUUGACGAUGCCCCAAUGGGAGACGUUCCACCCGUGGAGUCUAACUCCGUGAUUCGGCAGUCGGGGGUUGAUGGAGGCUUGGACGGAGUUCCCCCGCCUGACAGUGAUGACGACGACGAUCACUUUGGGGGACCUCCUAGCAUCGGCGGUCACAGCUCUGAUGAAGGUUCUCGCGCCGUGUCUCCGAUGCGAGACAUUGCUGUGCCCAUGGUGCCACCCUCACCCGCUCGCUCAUACGUAUCUCAUGUGUCGCAUAUAUCUCACAUCUCACACAUGUCACACCGACCCACCCCGGCACCCACACCCGUGCCCUCAGAGCACCCAGACGAUGACAAACCCCCCACACCACCUGCAGACCAGACCACUCUGGUGCAAAAUGACGAAGAGAGCUUUGCGCUGGCUCCAGUCGAUGCAUCUGCUUUCAAAGGAUUCACCAAGACAAAGCGCAAGCGUAAGCUGAUUGUGGAUGAAGUGAAGAAUAUCUCAGGAGAGGAGAUGAAAGCUCAGUUGAGCGACACUAGUGACAUUGUGACUACACUCGACCUUGCGCCACCCACCAAACGACUCAUGCACUGGAAGGAGACAGGGGGAGUGGAGAAACUGUUUGCCCUUCCUGGCCGCAAUAUUCCAGCUCGAGCGCUGUUCAAGAACUACCAACGGCACUUGACGAGCCGAGCUGUGCCCAACGAGGACUAUGGAGGAGCUGAGGGAGAGAAUCAGAUGCCUCUGGAACACAUUCCAGGACAGGAUGAGGCCCAGGACCAACCACAGGAGAAAGGAAGAAGAGGCCGCAAGAGGAAACAACUCGAGCCAGAAGAGGUGGUUGAACCGCCUCAGUCCGUACAACAGCAGCUGCCUGAUCACCACGAGGAGUUGGCUCCUGCUUACCCUCCCUCCACUCCUGCACCUGAACCCCACACCCCUGCCCCUCCGCACGUAAGUCCUCCCAUGUCAGUUCCACCCAUGGACCAUGGACCUCUAUCAGUCAUGACUAAUGGUCCGAUGUCCGUCGGUCCGCCCAGCCUCAUGAGUCCCUCCGGUCCUAUGUCAGUAGGACCCUCGGGACCCAUGAGUGUGGCACCUAUGUCUGUUGAACCUCCGAUGUCUGUCGCUCCCCCCACUCCUGCCCCUCAAACUCCCUUCCCAUUGGACACCAGUAUUCCACAUCUGGAACAGGUGAGUUCGCUGCUGGAACAGAGUCUAAACCCCUCUGUAAACCCCCACCCUGACCCACCUGUCACAGAUGCUCCCCAGACACCGUUCAUGGAGAACAUGGGCUACGACCAGGAGGCACCGCUUAUGGCCAACAUGGGCUACGAUGAACAACAUCCGCCAGCCACCACGCCAGGAGCUGUAUCGGAGAAGGGGCAAGCCACACCAUGGAACGACGACUACGACAAUCCUGUCUCCGUUGGACCUCCUGAAGAGCAGGCUACAGACGAGACAUAUGAACAAUUUGAAGAACGAGUCCUCAACAAAAGAGCUGCUCAUAUGUACACAGUUGUGAAAGCAAAGUUGAUGAACGAUGAAAAACUUGUCUUCUCAGACUUGGUCGGCCGCAACAACAAGAAACAGGUUGCACAGAAGUUCUACUCCCUCUUAGUCCUGAAGAAGUUCCAAGUUCUAGAACUGGACCAGAAAGGUUCUUACGAGGAAAUAGAGAUCACUAGAGGGACAAGUUUUAACAACCCAACACUAUAAAAAGACCAAUCUUGUCUCCUAUUUAGAUGUAAAUGGAGUAUUUUUAUAUCGGUUUUUACCUAUGAAUUGAGAAAAUAUUUUAUAUUUCUAAUUCAUCAAAAUGACUACACGUGUUGUAAUUUUAUAGUCACCAAAUUCUGUUCAUAGGGAAAACCUGUUAGCUACAAAUGUAUAUAAUAGUCUUAGUCGGUGUGUCACUCUGUAUAUAAGUGUAUAUCUUACUUGUUGCCCUGUUAAGAACUGUGCUCUCAAAAUGCACAAUUGAGUAAUCGUAAACAAGUUUUUAAAUAGAUAAGUUACCAGUUGUUGUGUAUUCGUGGUCAGAGUAUGAAACCUGACAAAAAACAAUUUAAGUGAUGUUACAUUAGAUUAUCAACACCAGAGUUAAGCAUUGGUGACGGAAUUUCCAAACUAGUUUCAUCUUGCAGUCAAACCUAAUAGCAACCUUAUUCACAGGAUUAAAUUACUUAUAAUUCGUCAAAUUAUUUACAUUCAUCAUUUACUUUACUUUGUUAGGUUGGCAGUCAUCUUAUGUUAUCCGUAGUUUUUACUGUACAAUUUUUACUAUUUAUGCUCUUUAAUCCUUAGGCCUACAUGUAGGUUAACUUUUCUUUAAGACUUCAAGGUACUUACAGAAUCUGGUUUGAAAACAAUGUUUUUAAUUUUUGCUGUGGGACAGUUUAAGUAGUUUGCAACUAAACCCUGAUUUUCAUAUCUGUAAGCAUUUUUAAUUUCUUACCCAGGAAUUAAAAAACUGUCUGAAACACGAGGUAUUUCUAUGCUGACCUAUGUUAAGUUUUUUUGUUAAGAGUGAGUAAAAAACUUGAUGGAAUUUUAAAAUGUAUCCCUAAAUUUUUUAAUCGCAAAAUUUACAUUUUUACCAAAGAAUAUAUAUUUGUCUUAUAUACAAGAUAUUUUAUGCUGAUCUUUGUGGUAAUUUUUUUUUUUUUUUUUAAAGAGGUUGGCGGCCUCUUUUAACCUUGCACUUGCCCGUCCACAUAGACUACAGAUGGGUAAGAUGUAUCUGGCAUUUGUUUGCUCACAUGUUCUACAUGUGAACGUCACUAUGCUUGCCACUGUAGCAUGUAUACUGCAUAAUGUACAGUGAAACGAUAUUUUGUUAAGGAAAGAGAGAGAAAAUAAUGAACUAUUCACAAAUUCUAAUUCAAUUAAAUUUAAUCCUAACAAACAUUUGCAAUACAUUAGCAGAAGUUCAGCUAUGAAUAUGUGUCAUGUCAAUACAGUGUAUGCAUUACAAAUAAUGUUCAUACAGAAGCAAAUUAAUAUACAGUAAAAUGUUAAUAAUCCGGAUUAUUUUUGUAAAUAUAAUUGAGUUAAGGUUAAUCACACUUAAUUACACCCAAUUAAUCCGGAUUAAUUGGGACCAGACCCCAUCCGAAUUGUCAAAUUAUCCUGAUUAUCAAAAUUACCUUAACACGUUGGCUACCGAUCACCACAUAUAUGCGACGCUGCAGUCAUUGCCAUGGCACGAAUUAUACAUUUUAAUAUUACACAUAGAGAUAAAUUAGAUUUUAAUGGCUGGAGGAGGAGGGUUACACGCUUUUUUUGCUUUAUUUCGCUUUAAAAUUGGCAUAUUGUGUUCAGCAAUAACAUGACAUAAAAAAAAAUUAAAUCAAUAAAAAAAUUAAGUUCUGAUUCCCACAACUAAAAAAAAUCCAUGUUUCAGCGUACACAAUUUUCACUUCAUUAACAGUACACGCAGACCGCGGGUCAGUGAUAACAGCAAAGAAAAAAUCAGUUUUGCCAACUAUCAUAGGACGUCACUAAUAAUCAUAUCUGAGACCAAGUGACACAUAUAUGUGACCGACAUCCCUGUAGACCACUGCAGAAAAUUCAGGACCUUCAAAUAGACCGUUAUGAAGAUAUAAGCUUUUAAUAACAUUGGACACUGAAUCAAAUAUGCGACGUCAGUCUAUUUUAAUGUGACCAGCUGUCAUACGUGUCACUGGUCCAUAUGAAUGAAAAAUGAGUACUAUUGCAGUAGUGUAGUGUACGUGUUAAAAAAAGGGCCAGCAUGCACUAUUAGAGAUCAAAACUUUGUUUUAAGAUUAUUAGCAAUUUUAUGUUUAAGCAAUGUAUCUUAUUCAAUUCAAAGGAACAUGUGUAGGCUACAGUAAAAACAUGAGACACUAGACAUUUGAGCUAAACAAAUUGUUUGUUGAUUUUUCAACGAUGGUAUUGGUAUUGGUUCAUUUUUUUGCAGCAGACAGUUCAAAAUUGUAUUUCUUGCUAGAGAUAAAUCCUGUUAAUUGACGAUUUAGAGUUUUUACAUCCGAAUUAUUGACUUUCUAGUUUCUACUGUACUGUUGUCAAUGUUCAACAAAAGCUUUUAUUCCACAAGUCUCUGAAAGCAUUCAAAUCUAUAAACAUGACAAUCUACUGUGUUCUACAGGAAUGCAACAUUAGGUACCUUGUUUAACAUCCUUGUAUCAUCAGCAAACUGAAAGGAGGGUGGUUUACACGUCAAGUAUCCCUGACAACUAAUUGCUUGGUAAGGUCCCCAACAAUCCUUAAAAAAUAUAUUUUUAAUUGAAGAUUCUGUAUACACAGGUUUGCAACAUAUAGAACAAGUUAUCUUUUACUUUUAACAUUCAGAAUGUAAAGACAGACAACGUUUUAAAUGUUUGAUUGUAUUUCCUUGUAUCUUUAUUGUAUCUUUAAUUUAAUUAAUCUAGGGGUGUGCUAGCCAGAUUUCUAAUUAAGCUGAGCUCGAGUCAAGCUUUUGAAAAAAAAACUCAAAACUUAAACUUUUUGGAGUUAAACUUUGUAUAUGUUCAAUAUUGCUUGAUGUUAUUUUGUCAUAAUCCUUAUUUUUAAAAUACAUUUUGAAUCUUCAACAACUUGACGUCAAUUGUUACAACAUAAUUUUAGAUUAUUCCAUUGCUGCAGACACUUUUUGCCAUCGUAUAGUAAAAGCUUGCCUUGGAUUGAUUUCCUAUCUUGGUGCUUGCUGAUCACACAAGUUUAUAGGCUCGGCUCGAGUCGCUUGCACAUCUUCACAUUAAUUAUUUAUUUAUUUAUUAGAUUUACUCUUACACUAAACAUUGUGUUGUCUACGCCAAUGGCAUUUUUUUAAUUUAGGUUUUGUUUUCGGAACGGUCUAAACCUUGGUCUUGUUACGAUCUAACGUUGACCUGUUUGUUGGAUAGCAUCAUUAAUUCAUAGCCCAAUGACAAAAAAAGGCAUCUGGGUUUGGAAACAAUCUCUUUCAGAACCUGAAGAUUUGAAAGCGAGCACUAUAACCACUCGGCUACCCAGACAAUUUUCAAACCAUUACACAGCUGUUGCUCAUUAUGUACUUUAAUUUAAAUUUCUACCCAAUUGCAAAAUAACUUUUUUACUUAACUUUAAAAAAAUCACCAUCGAAAAAUGUAUUUGCAUUGUAGAAUUUCAAUGCUUAAAAUUCUGUUUUAUUUUAUUCAGGAAUCUUGCAUUCUUAAAAGUAUUUGUUAUUUUUUGUGUUAACACUAAAUCAUGUUUUUAUUCUAUUUCUUAAGCUACUCUUUAAUGAAAAUUUCCUUUUAAGUUCAAUACACUUUUGUUCCACUUGUAUUCAUUGACAGUUUUUGAGAAUAUAGGACAAAAAACAAUCAAAAGAAAAACUCAAAUUAAAAACAUGCAAUCGACAGAAAUUGUGUUUCAGAAAGGGGUGUUUUGAAAUAUGAUUUGUGUGAAUAGUUAAUUUUGGUAUCACAUGUGUUCUGUAAGUUAGUUGUCAUGGAUACCAGAUGUGUUUUGUGGAAAGCUAUGUUGUUGUUUUGUAUUGAGUAAAACUUUGUACCUAAAACACCUUUCUCUUUAUCAUUCUACAUAAUUUAAGUCCAUUUACAACAGGGUGAGGAGGGGGAGGGUAUGUAAAGUUGUUACUCCAAGAUUAUCUUGAUUUUGAUUUUGAAUGGGGUUAUAAUAUAUGUUACAAUUAGUGUCACAUUCCAAUCCUAAUUACCGGUAUGAUUUUGAUUUUGACUUUUCUAAUUAAAUUUUUCAAAUAAAUUAUGAGGACUGAAAUUAGGUUUCUGUCCUUAAUGCUUCCUGGUCUAAAAUUUACGAAACCUUCCCUGGAACGGAACGCCCGAACUGUACAAACGAUACCGAGUGAAAUCAACGGUGUUCAUGGUCUAAUGGGUAGCUUACUACUUGACUAGUAAGCAUGAGGUAUCGGGUUCGAAUCCCACCAGUCACACUAACUUUUUUGUCUAAGAUUUUGCUUAGCAUGCAAUUAGGCCUACUUCUUAACUCUACAUCUUUUGUAAGAAUUUGAGGCAUUUAUCAUUUUAUUUUAUGAACAGAAUUAUUUUUAGUUAUUAGUAAACCUUCAUUCGAUUUUUAUCUCAUAUCUCUUUUAAAUUAUCAGCAAGUUAGGUUAGGUUAUGGCAGUUUAAAUUUUAUAAUUAUAAAAUUUAUUUUAUAAUUUUUGUCUACGUGAGGGGCUCUCCCACAAUCACCCACUCCUUCACAGAAGCGGUUCUCUUUGAUUUCGGACCAGGUCCCCCAACGAUUUCUGACCAGAUCCCUGAGACGGUUUUGGUCCUCCAGGGAAGGUCUCGUUAAAAUUUUGGAUUCCGGAUGUUAAUUCUCACUGUUGGUCGACCUGUAAGUUGUAUGGUGCACAGUCUGACUGUGUCUCAUCUAGUAUUUAAUAAUGAUUUAUACAAUUGGUGUUAUUUUUAAUUUCAUACUAAAAAACUGUGUUUCUUCAACAACUAGUUGUGUGUUUUUUUGUUUGUAUUGUACAAAAAUAGUCAGGGUAACAAGUAACUGUAAAUAGUAUAAAUUAGUUAUUGUGUACACUUUCAAGUUGCACUAAAGUAUAGGUAGAAAGUAGCCAUCUAUUGUUGGUUUUUUUAUAUCUACAUACUUUAGAUUUGUUGUGUUAUAGAUUUAAUACCUGUUUAACUUGUUAGACCAAAUCUGUUCAAAUUACUGUUUUUACGCUUUCGUAGCUGGAAACGUUAAUUUGUUAUAAAGAAUAUUGUAAAUAUGUGUUAAACAGCACUGUUAUUUUAUUUAAGCUUUUAGUGAACACAUAUUUUUGUGAUAAUGAAUAAUUUACAUGCAAUUAAAUUUUCUAAACAGGUUUUCGGUUUCAAUUAUUAGAUGAAUUGGUUUGUUCAAUUAGAUAAGUUGGUUUCCUUUGAAACAUUUCUGGAUUUCACAUUGAUUUUUUUUCACAACUAUUAUUUGACAUUAGUUGAAUCUUUGUUUAAUAAUAAACUAAUGGAUACCUUAAAACUGUAAAAAAGUUUCUUGUUAUUAACUUGUAAUUUUAUCUAGUCUUUUUUGAGCAAGCUUUCAGUAUAAGAGCAAACUCACUUGGUCAUAUUAUAAUGGAGUAUUAUUUAAUUUAAUUUUCCAAAGAUAUUUUUUUAGGCGCAAAAACCUUAAUCCCAAAAUUAAUGGCAAAAGAUUUUAUAUGUAUAUUAAGUAAAGAAAAUUUAAUACUGUGAAAAUAAUAUAAAAUAAAGUUUUAUGUUGAUAAUUGA